CAAUCUAUCUGACUCAACCUCCCCCCAUACAAACGCACGCACACACACACGCGCGCGCGCGCCCGUUCACAGAGGCAGCUCCGCCUCCACUGCAGUGUAGAGACAGCUAACGAGAGCAGCUAUGGAGCCGGCAGAGCAGCAGGAAAAAAUAGAGGGAUCGUGGGAAGGAGGACAUGAUGGAGGGAAGGCAGACUGGAAGAAUGAGUGCUCCCUCUCCUCCCUCCUCAAACACUCCUGUCUUCUCUGUUGGUCAUCUCCCGUGGAUACCGAUGUCGUUGAAACGGAUGAGAGAGUCCUCGCCAAGGUGGCCGAGAUUAGAGUAAGAAGACCGCAGGAUCUCGCCCUGGAGCUGGACAAUGCAGUGGCAGUGGAGAACUUGGAGCUUCAGGAGCAGCAGUCAGACCGCAAGGAGCUACAGGAGACAUUGGUCAAAUUAGAUGACCAAAAAGAGAAACUGGUACAACAAAUAAAGGCAACCAGGCAGCUCUGCUAUGAAGAGAGUCAACAGAUCCUGUCUCUGCAGGCAGACGAGGUACAGAAGGAGAGCCAAGUGGAGGAGUAUGAGAGGGAACUUGCCAGAGCCAGGUGGAGGCUGAGGAGACUCAGAGAGGAGGUGAAACAGGCCAAGAGGAAGAUGGAGGAGGCUGGAGAGAGGAACACUCCUCUACAAGACUCCAUCAGACAGUCUUAUGAAGAGAUCCUGCAGGAGGAGCACACACUGUGUUCUAUGUCAGGAGGUGCAGUCACACCCGAAAGCCAGCUGGAGGAGUCCGCAUCUCCAGCAGACACCACUGAAGAUGACGCGCUCCCUCUGAGGCCAUGGGGAAGGAGCCAAUCACUACCUGCCUACGCUGACCUGAUAAUGAGAGCCAGCAGCUCGUCUUUCUGCAAUAAUCUAGCAGACACCAGAGAAGAAGCAGAUGAUAGUGGGACCAGUUCUCCAAAGAUGGACAGAUCUGACAUAGAUGAUGAUCCAGAGGAGGUUGAGAUCAACAGUGAAGGGGCAAAAGAGAGAGAGAAGGAAGAGUGCACAAUUAACCCAAACCAAAUGGACUUCUAUAAAGAUAACCCCUUUGCCAUCUGUCAGAGUGACCAUGACCUUUUCACCGAAGAAGUGUUCCCUAAAACUGACACAUCUGAUGGAUUUGCUUCAGACCCUUUCAAAGGCAGUGACCCCUUUGCAGCAGAUAUUUUGUUUCCAGCUUCAGACUUUGGCACUGAGGAGACUGGAAAUGCUGGUGAUGACGCAGAAAACAGUCUCUCCUGUGGAGAAAACAAAGCCUCAACAGGAACUCAAUGCUUUGAAUCUGAAUUCCCGGAUGAAGACAGUGACAUAGAAAUAAGCUACAGCCGAGAAGACCUGGAAACCAUUGAUGUAGUCGAUGAAUCUCGUGGAUUUAAACCCAUUCAGAGCUCUUCAGAGGAGCUGGGGCCUGAGCCUAUCAAGGGCUGGAGGUCCCAGGGUCAGUAUUCUGUAGAAUCAGACCCUAAUGGGUAUGAGCUUGACUUUGGUGCUAUCUCCCCUCCUUCUGCCAUAGAGGAACAAAGUCUGGUAUCUUUAGAUGGAAAAGCUACCGAUGAGGCACCAGCAGGAGUGGAACAAGGUUUGAGUUCUGUUUCACCUCAGAGGGCACCUGAGCAAGUCCUGUUGGAACCAGAUUGGAUGGAUGACAAAGAACAAUCUGUGUCCUGUAAUGGUACCUCCAGUCAGGGGGCCGGAUGUUCUAGCAACAACAAAGAUGAAACCUGGAACCCUGUAACUCCCCAACACUCACUAGACUCCCAGAACCUCUUCAUUCAGCCCAGCUCAGAUGAAAAUAAAGAACUAAGUUUUGAGUUGAGCUAUGAACCAACAAGUCAGUCUUCCUUUGACCCAUAUGGGUUUAAACUAAGUCCAGAACAUUCUAAUCAAACCCUGUUAGACCCUGAUGAAGCUGAAAUAAGCCCAGAACCCACUGAAAAUGAUCUUCCCUUUGAUCCAGAGGCCCCCUCUUCUCAACCAGACCAGUUUGGUCCUUAUGGAUUUCACACUACUUCCUCCCAGAUGGUUCAGGAAUGUGAUCCUUAUGGUUUUAAGCUAAGUCCUGAGGAAGAGAAUCAGGAAGUACUGGAACUUUGUGGCUAUGAUAACCCUGAGGCAAUGGACCUCUGCGCCUACGAAAAGAGAAAGCAAGUAGAUCCCUCUAAUUAUGAAAAUCAGGUACUGGAGCCUCAAACCCAUGGAAACCAAGAAGUGCUUGAUCAUUAUAGCUACAAUAACCAAGAGCUGUUUGAUUUGUGUAACAACGGAAACCAAGAAGUGUUGGAACAUUCUAGCGUUGACAACAGCGAGUUAAUAAGCAAUGAAAACCUGGAACUACUUGAUCUUUGUGGUCAUGACAAUCAGGAGGUGGUAGAAUCCUAUUGCAGUACAAACAAUGAAGACUUAUUUGAACAUUGUGAAUCUGGUAACCAAGAAACCCUGGAACUUUAUAGCCAUGGCAAUCAAGAAUUACUGGAUUUCUCUCAUACUGAGAAUCAGGAAGUGCUGGAUUUAGACAGCCAUGGCAACCAAGAACUACUGGACUGUGGUAGUAAAGUAAAUCAGGAAGUGCUUCUUUCUGGAAGACACAACAACCAGGAACUCCUGCAACUUGGUGGCAAUGAAAAUCAGGAAUUGCUAGACUCAGGUAGCAAUUACAACCAGGAGAUGUUGGACUUAUUAAGUAAAGAAGUUAUCCCUGAGGCGAACAACAACUGUACUGUGGAACCAGAGCCCAGUGUUACUCCCACUAAUAACAGCUUUGACAGUAUUGUUGCAACAGAAGACUUGCUGGGAUUGAAAUUCAGUAGCACCAGUAUCUGCACUACUAACACCAGUAACACCAAGACUGCUGACACCCACAACAUGUCUACCAACCAGGACCUGGCUAUAGUCAAUGCUCCCACCAGAAACAACAUGUUGGAAAAUGACCUGGGUUCAGUGUUUGGAGCUGGAGGAUACAUUGGUUGUCCUGAUGUUGCUGAUGACCUGGAGCCCCUGGACAGAAGGCCGGCAAACCCAAUAGUAGAACCAGUGCGACCAGUCAGACCAGUUAGGCCUCCUCGGCCCUCACUCAAGGCCAAGGAGAAGGUUCAGUCACAGACUGAGGGCAUUGACCUGAAGUGAUCUCUCAGCAACCAAUACUCGUGUGGGGGUUACAAUGUCAUCAGGGUUCCCAUGUCAACAAUGGCAACACACGACACAAGGGAGAUGGCAGGAGGAGGUGAUGAUUAAAUGGAGACGAGCUAGAGAUCAUUGUCAUUCUUAUCUAUGUCUAUAAUUCAAGUUUCAGAUAUGUUUAUGUUUGGAGAUUUCCCAGAAAAUAUUUAAGUCCAAAGUGAAAUAUGAGAGAUUUGUAAUAUGUGUCAUGGAAACAUGAUGACAGAUGUCACCAGAUUUAUUGACUACUUUAUUGGUUACUACUAAGGGAAACUGAUUGGCCCAUGGCUUCAGUCUAUUUAGAGUGAUUUGUAAAAGUCAGCACUGGAAACAACUAUAUAAAAACUAACAUUCUUUUAGGUGGUCCUAUGUAAGAUAAAUGAUUCCCUCAUGUUUGACCCCAGAUAAUGCAUGUGAAUUAACCAUAGGGUUGAUGUUAUCUGUUAUUUACUCAUAAUUCCAGCUGCCAACACAUUUGUGUCCUCUGAGUCUCUUGAGAUUUCUAUGCUUUCCCACAGGUUUUACGGCUAAUUGGUCCACACUGAAAAUAUCCUCCCUUAUUUUGAUUUGAGCUUUGUGGCAGAAUAAGUGUAAGUGUUCCAUUGAUAAUAUGUAUAUAAAUGAUAUACUCUGAUAUUGUGGUUUGAAGAUUAUCUCUUGAGUAGAUUUAGGUUUAAGUUGAAUGCAACCUUUAGCAAGAGUUUGGUUGCAUUGUACAGGGAGAGCAUAUCCAUAUCAUCCCCAUAGUAAAUGUGCGUAGUGUUUUAUCUGAUCAGUUACUUUAAUGUGCUCUUUAUAAAGUACCUUGACAGGGUUCAGUAUUUAAUUAAUUAAUCUCCAUUCAUACACAAUUGCAAUUUGGGAUUUUUGACAGCAAAGCCAGUGUCUCUGUGACAGUUUGUCUACCAGAGAAUACUGACAGGUGGAUAUUAAUUAGUAAAACAUCUUCUUUUAUACUGUCUAUAUAUAAUCAUCAUCAAAUUCUCCAACAUGUCAUAGUAUACUGUUUUUGCAGUUGGAACUCUAAAAAUAGUUUAACCUGGAAUGCUCUAUCAACAUCAACACGAUGUCCAACUGUUUUUGCUUUUCACUUGGGUUUUGGAGCUGUCCCAUUACUUUCCAGAAUUUUUAGUUUUGUUUAUCAGUUGUUAACUCCUGAUUAAUUUUCUUUGUGUUUUGCACUAUAGGGACUUGCAUCAACACAGCUCUCAGACAGAGCUUCUGUAAAUCUGCUUGAUUUCUAUGUAUGGGUUUGAUGGUGAGAGUAGUUAGUUUUGCUGGUACCAUACCUAUGUAAAAUUAAGAAUGUGAAUUAAUGAGAGAAUGUUAGUGGGUUAAGGUUAGGGUGUCCAUAAUGAAUAGAUAGUGCAUCAGUCUUCCUUCCCCCUGGAACAGACUUGGUAGGUACUGAAGGAACUGUUCAGUUAAUAUUAAUUUUCCGCUCACACCUACCUCAUUACUAAUUUGUUAUGACUGCAUAACAACACUGUGAACCCUGUAAAAGCAAACAUUCUUUAAUUUUGAUACGUGUGAAGACAUCAAAAAGUGUAUAUGAAAGCUCAGUGCAAUAGUGUUAUUAAUCCUGAGGGCCAAUUACUGCUGUGCUCAGUUCUCAUGCCAGGGGUUGUUUGAAUAUGAGCUGCUAAUUAUUUUUUCAAGAAACAUAACAAAUAUACCUAUAUGACAAAAUAUCAAAGAAAGACAGUUUUCAGUGUUGUUUUCCUUAGAGAGCCAUAAGCCAUUAAAUGUUAUUUAUUGUGGACUGGAUCAAAUUUGUCAUUCACACAAUCCAAUAAAUGUACAGGUUGUAUAUUUUGUUUUGAACUAUGAGUGAUGUGGAUGCUUCCUCUCACAAUAUAUAUAAUGCUUUGCAAGGAUGUGAAUAGAUAUUCCAUAUGUUACAUUUUCAUUUCCAUGUAAAUCAAUUGAGAAAUUAUUUGUAGAUAAACUAAACACAUUUACCAGCUAAAUAAAUAACUAACAGAUUAAAACACCUCUUUACAACAAAGCAAACAUCAUACAAAUAAAUGUGUUACUGCCAUAUAGAUUAUCAACAUCAUUAGAGCCAUGAGCCAUAGACAGUGUGUUUCGGGACUUAUAUACAGAUGUCUCUGCUGUUUACAGAGAAAUGGCUCUGCCCCCAUUACUCUUACAAACUCUCGAACUUCUAAUUGAUAUCACCAAACAAAGCAGAAACAAUGAAAGCUCAUUCCUGUAUAAACUGGUUCCUAUUUUAGGAAGAAGCCAACAUUUUGUCAAAACCCGACAGAAAUCUCAAUAACAAUUGUUUUACGAAUUUUAUAAACAUGCAGUUGUAAGACCAGAUUUGUAUUUCAGAGAACAUUUCCAAGCUUACCACUCCCCUAAGCUUACACAGGUUUUUGACUGAUAAAUGGUAUCUCUUAAUGGUAUCAUUAAGCAUAGACACAUGUAGCACUAUAAACAUAGAGUUUUUCUUGUGGAGCUUUUUUUUUUGCAUCGUGUGUGUGUUUGUGUUCUGUGAUACAUAUGUAUGCAUUUUACAAACCAUGGUUGAGAUAAAAUAUAUUUAGAUCAAUGAAGAAAUAUGUGAUGAUAAUAAAUUUGUGAUGUAUGUGUUGCUGUCCAAAUGUGAUGUUCUAUGUUGAAAUAAAACUCUGUAAUGCCA